AUGAAAUGGGAAAGUCCAAAGAGGAGCUCAUUGAAAAACAUCCCAAUUCAGAUGAUGCCAAUAAAACUACGGCUGGGAAAUUCGCCGAAGAACAGAUAACUACAGAAAGCCUUAUGCUAGGUUUUGGUGAUAAAAGGAUAACUGGCAAAUUGGGAAUGUUAUUUUUCGCUCUAACGUGGACGCUGCAAAUCAAUCUGAUCUUCUGUCUCACGUACGAAUGGCCUGACUUUCUCAACAGAAUUUUGACAAUGAAAGAGAUGCUCAUGUCGUGUUUCGCCACGAGUGGAUAUUUUGUGCAGAAUCAUCUGCUCAUUUUAGAGAAUGAUGUGGUGAAAAGAUACUUGGAGACCGUCGAAUAUCAGAAUACAUCGACAGAGAGGAAUCGUGUGAUUGGAGAAACAAAUAAAUUCAUCAAAUGGUUCACAGUGGUAUCAAUCAGAGCGUUCAAAACGAUGUUCAUAUUUGGAGGCUGCCUGCCUCUGCUGCAGGUUGUCAUAUUCCUGACCAAGUCCUAUUUCACUGGAUCCGAACUCAGCAUGUGCCUUUUGUAGUCUACGUUUAUGUGCCUGAGAGAUUCCGGACAAUUCCUGGCUACCUGACGGCCCAAUUGCUGGCUUUCACUUGGUAUGGACUGGUGUCUUAUAUGUGGGGCGUCAGCUACAAGGUCUACUUGUGUGCAAUCAGAUGCGUGGAGACUGAAAUGCAACUGCUCUGUCAGUCAUUGGAAGAAAUAGGCAUGAUGUCAGGAAGUGGCAACGAAUCAGUCCUGGUCUACAAAUCGGACACUGAGAAAGUGCAAGGCAAUGAGGACGUCAAGCUCAGACAGUUUUUCUCAUCUAUAAUUCAGCAUCAUCAGCAUAUUCUCAGGUUGGUUUCUCUACUGUCAAAACACUUGAGGCUUGUGAUUGUGACAUUCAUCAAUAUUUAUGGACUGCAAACAUGUUUAUACAUGAUCUUUCUUUUAAAGAUGAAAGAGACUGGUAUAAGAAUGAAAUACGCAAUGAUAUACUGCGUUAUUCUUGUUAUAAUGUAUUCGUGUACGAAGAGUGGGCAAGAUAUAAAAAACAAGGGAGAGAAAAUUCGGAUGUCUUUCUACGAAUGCGCUUGGGUGAAUAAGCCGCAGUGGAUGAAGCGUUCUUUGUUGGUGAUGAUGAGCAAAUCCGUGGAGCCGAUAGAAUUAAAACCGUUUGGUCUCUAUGUACUUGACUUGAACUGCAUGGCUAAUAUACUAAAAGCUACCUACACUUACUUCAAUAUUGCCAAUGAGUUCAUAAAGUGAAAACAGAUUCACAAUAUAAGAUAAUGAUUGAAGAAGAGGAAUAAAAUAAUGGGAGAGUUCGAUUUAUU